AUGCCUGCAGUGCUAUCCAAGAACAGAACGCUUUUCGCUUAUUUGGGCAGUCAUCGCAGCAGUGGGGAUCAUGGAAAUGUUGAGAAAUACCUGAUUGAAACGAUGUUCGUUAAUUUCUACUAUGAUACUUUUAAAAUAUCUAAAGGACAUGACAUGGCUUUACUGCAAUUAGCGAAACCUGCAGAUUUGAAUAAGGAGAUUAACUACGCCUGCAUAGCAACACAGCCUAUUGAAUUUGAACACAACACCCAAUGCUACGCUGUUGGUUGGGGUCAGAUGCCGAGCAGCUUUGAAAGCAAUACGGAAAUCAAGUCAUUCGACAUCUCCCACGGUCCGUUUAACUCAGAUGACACAGACGCCGAUUACGGGCUUUCGUCUAAAUUCAACAAGUCGGAGCCAGUUGAACUUCAGGAGAUCGUUCUGCCAUUAAUGAGUGCAAGCAAAUGUCUUAAGUACUAUCCAAAACAUCGAAAGGAAUCUCAACUUUGCGCAGGUUGGAAGUUGAAGGAUUCGUGUGAACGAGACUGCAGAAGUGGACUAUAUUGCAAGAUACCGUACACAAAUAAGUGGCUGCUAGCGGGUGUGAGAAACUACGGCACAGAAACUGAGUGCAAACCGGGUACUGGAAUAUACACAUCGGCACUUACAAGAAAUGAAUGGUUAUUUUCAACGGCGGAUAGAUUUGCUCGUUAUAUGUCGCUCCACAAUGGGUAG